UGACCUGUGAAAAACUGAUAGAGGGCUAGUAAUGAAUAUGGGAAAAGGGAAUUGUAAGAUGACAAUGAGACCUAGGCAGGAACCAAAUCAGGCAGGUUCAUCUCCAUCAUCCUAAAGAAUCUGAAUAUUUCCUAAAUGUUAGAGAAAGCAAUUGAUAGCUUUUAAACACAUGGAUGAUGUGAUCUUACUAAAUCUUGUAAAAAUAUAAAAGGAUACGUCUAGAUAUAAGGACAGAAGACUAUUACCAGAACCUAGAAGAGAGGAGAUAGUGCUUUAGAUUAGGGUAGUGGUGGUGGGAAUUAAAAAAAAAGUGAAAGGAUAGUUAAGUAUAUUUUUAAAAUGAAAUUUACCAGUUAAGGUAAUAAGUUAGUUGUUGGGAUGAGGCAGAUGAAGGCUGGGAGAUCAAAGGUACUAUUCACGAAGAAAUGGAAAAAGGGACGCUCUUUUUCUCAUUCUGACAUUAGUCAAAUAGGGAAUAGAUGAAUAGACAAAUUCUCUGAACAAGAAUAUUUUCAUUAUAUUGGGUAACUAGAUUUAUAGAGAAUCAUAGUGUCACAUCAUUUUAGAAUCAUGUCUAUCCCAGACUGAAAUUUACUUGUAAGAAAAUUCAGACUCUUGAGUUUAAGAAUGAACUUCUCAGUGUUACCUAAAGAGUGUAAUCCUGAAUUCAUCAUCAAAAAAGAAAUCCAAAACAAAUACCAGAUUACCUGACUACAAUAUUUUUUAUCCAUUGUAUUUUUCAAUUAUUAAACAUACCUUCUCUCCCUCUGUGUUAUUUAUAUACCAUAGUCUGUGUUGACAAAUUUCUUCUUCUCUUCUGCCUUCUUUUCCUUUUUUUCUCUUUCUCCUCCUCAUUUUGUUCUUCUCAUUUCAGGAUAGGUGUUGAAGGACUAUGGGGCAAAACAAUCAUAGUUCUCUACAUGGUUUUAUUCUGCUUGGCUUCUCUGAUCAUCCCAAACUGGAGAUAGUCCUGUCAGGAGUUGUCACCAUCUUCUACUUAAUUACAUUGGUGGGUAACACAGCCAUCAUUCUUGCAUCUCUCCUGGAUUCCCAUCUGCACACACCAAUGUAUUUUUUCAUCAGGAAUUUAUCUUUCCUAGACCUGUGUUUCACCACCAGCAUCAUACCUCAGAUGCUGGUUAACUUGUGGGGAUCUGAUAAGUCCAUCACGUUUGUGGGCUGUAUCAUUCAACUCUAUGUUUAUAUGUGGAUGGGCUCCAUUGAGUGCCUUCUCCUGGCUGUUAUGUCCUAUGAUCGUUUUACAGCUAUUUGUAAACCCCUGCAUUAUUUGGUAAUCAUGAACCCACAUCUAUGUCUCAAGAUGAUCGUCAUGGUCUGGGGUGUUAGUCUGGCCGAUUCUUUGGUAUUGUGUACACUCACACUUGAUUUACCUAGAUGUGAAAACAACAUUCUGGAUCAUUUCUUGUGUGAGUUGCCAGCUAUGGUUAAGAUAUCAUGUGUAGAUACCACAGCAGUUGAAAUGUCUGUUUUUGCUUUAGGCAUUGUCAUUGUCCUUACACCCCUCUUCCUGAUUCUUAUAUCCUAUGGUUACAUUGCCCGAGCUGUGCUGAGAAUGAAGUCAAAAGCAGGCCAACGAAAAGCAAUUAAUACCUGUGGAUCUCAUCUCACUGUGGUAUCCAUCUUCUAUGGAACUAUUAUCUACUUGUACCUGCAGCCAGGUAACAGUGCCUCCAAAGACCAGGGCAAGUUCCUCACUCUCUUUUACACCAUCAUCACUCCAAGUCUCAACCCCCUUAUCUACACCUUGAGGAAUAAGGACAUGAAGAGUGCACUCAAGAAGCUGGUGAAAGUUGAUUAUAAAUCAACAAAAAUGUAGGAUAACUGGACAACAUAGAAAAAUAUUAGAGUAAAUAAGGCAAUGGAAUACUUUUCUAAUUGUCCUCGAUAUUUACUGAGGCAGGUAAUCCCUAGAUCAUAGAAAUCAAUUAAUAUAAUAAUUCUUUUAUGCAAACUUUUUGUGGAUACAAACCAUUGGAUACAAAAUAUUAUAACCAUUAUACGUAGCUCUUUUAUGCCUCUAAUUAUUUGAAUGUGUUCAUGCAAACUGAGUCAAUAAGAAUUUUUAUUUUUGCCUGAAAUAUAAUACAUAGUGGAUGUGAAUAUAAUCUUGAUUUUAUUGAA